AUGUCCUACAAACGAACCCGCGCAGACUUCGAAGCCGACCUCCAAGCCCAGCAAUCGCCCUACGUCCUCUUCGGCACACCCCUGCCACCUCUCGACCCCGAGGUUCGCGAUGACGGUUCCUACGUGCCCGUGUGGAAGCAGGAGGUGAGGGAUGAGCGGGGACGGAAACGGCUACAUGGCGCAUUCACCGGAGGUUUCAGCGCCGGCUACUUCAACACCGUCGGAUCCAAGGAAGGAUGGACACCCUCGACCUUUGUGUCCUCCCGGACGAACCGCCACAAGCAGGAUGACGCCAAGAACGAGAAGCAGCGCAUUGAGGACUUCAUGGAUGAGGAAGACCUGGUGGACGCUGCUGAGGCCGAGAAAUUACAAACAGCGCAGGGAUUCGCUGGACUGGGCUCUACCGAGGACGAUGGUUUGCGCCGGCGCGGACUCGCCGACCUCUUCCGCAGCCAGGGGGAGACCAUGGGCGUGAAGCUUCUGAGGAGGAUGGGCUGGAAGGACGGACAAGGGAUUGGACCGAAAGUUCGUCGGAAAGCUCGACUCGACGUCGGCGGGACAGCGGCUGCGACCAAAGAUGGAAGCGAGACGCACCUCUUCGCGCCCGAGAACGUCUCGUUGAUUGCCUUUGUUCGGAAGCUGGAUCGCAAGGGAUUAGGAUAUGAAGGCGAGUCGCGGUUGGCAUCGAUAGGCCCCAGUGCCAAGACGGAAGCUGGUGAGAGCUCCGACGAGGAAACGAGGGAUGAGCCUUUACGACGGCCAGGCGCACAGAAGAAAAAGAACAAAUUCGCAAAGGGAGGGAUUGGUAUGGGCAUACUGAACGACAACGGGUCCGACGAUGAGGAUCCUUACGAGAUCGGUCCGAAGAUAUCUUACAACCGGAUAAUAGGUGGCGACAAGAAGAAGAAGAAAGCGAGCACGACGCCAGUCAAUCCGGCUCUACGUUCGGCUCCGGUCUUCAUAUCGCGCAAGAACGCGCUCGCAAAGGCAGGCAAGAACUUGAAGAAGUGUCAUGAUGGUCGGCUGCCCCUGGAUGGGUUCGUUUUUGGCACAGAGAUCGACACUUUGACAUCUGCGAUCAACUUGACUGGCAAAUAUCCCCCACCGGAGAUACCACCAGAUUGGAAGUCUAGUAAACAGCGCAAGGCCGAGGCGGAAAACUCGAACUACGUAUCGACAGCAGACGCAGCGAAAGCGUCGAGUCUUGAUCCCAAGUCACGAGCUGCCCUCCUCGGCGAAGCCCAAUUACCGGGGAAAUCUGUCUUCGAUUUCCUCUCACCAGAGGCUAGAGAACGGCUUGCCAGUGCUACGGGAAAGAGUAACCUCCCGCCAGCUAUGAGCGAGAUCCCGGCAGAGUAUGCCUUGACCGACGCAGAGCGCCAACAAGAGCUGAUCCGCCAGCUACCAGAGCUGGACAAGCACACAGCCAUAGCAGCCAUAACGCGAGGAGCGGGCGGCGCAGCCCCCUACGCCGACAACGAGGGUAAGCGCGGCCGUUAUCGUGCCUACCUCGAAUACGCCGCUGGCUUCAACAAAGCACUGCCCACGAAACCAUCGAACCUAACAAACGAAGCCUGGGUACGCGAGCUGCACGAGUUCCAUAGCUGCGCCCGGAUCUUCAAGCCCAUGACUGGCAUGAUGGCGUCACGGUUUACAACGUCGUCUUCAUCUGCCAAUAAGCUGGCGAACGGCUCGUCCGGCACAGCAGCGGACCAGGAGCUUCUGUCUAAACCGACACCCAAUCCGAAGGACCCAGCUGAAGAGGCUGCCAAGUUGGGCAUGUACGGUGCCAUGACGCGAUCGGUGGCCGACUUCUACCCUACGCGACUCCUAUGCAAACGCUUCAAUGUCCGCCCGCCGGCUCAUGUCCAGCCAGAUCCGGAGGCGGAGUCCAAGGGCCCGCCCAAGUCUACCUCUACACCGGCGCCGGCCCAGUACGCACCCUCUACAGGCUUCGCGGAGGGCGCGAUGACGCUGGAUGAGUUGAUGAAGCAGGCGCAGGAGUCGAGUACCAGCACUACGCAGACGGGAAGCGAGCCUACGAAGGACGCAGGACCGACGGGGCAACCGGCGAAAGCCGAGGUGAACGCCGAUGUCAAUGAGGCCUUGGAGGGCAAACGGGCGCAGGACGACGUGCUCAAGGCUAUCUUUGGCGAUUGCAGUGAUGAUGAGGAAUGA